UUGUUUCCCUCCAUAUCUUGCCUUCCAACCUAUCUGGAGUAGGAUAAACCCCUAUUGUAAAAAUAAAUAUUAAAAAAAAAAACUACUUGAUAGUUUCACCUCUCCAUUCUUGACCAUAUAUAUAUAGAACAAAAGGCUAUAGAAACAAAUCACAAGAAGAAGAAGAAGAAGAAGAAGAAGAAGCUCUCAUUAAGAGAAAAAAGAAGCUGAAAAGGAACAUGUCUGAGAAGAAGGGAGCUCUCAAGUAUGAAGAUGAGAGCAUGGAGUUAAGGAGAGGACCAUGGACUCUAGAAGAAGACUCCCUUCUCGUUCACUACAUUGCUUCUCAUGGUGAAGGUCGCUGGAAUCUCCUUGCUCGUUCUUCUGGGUUGAAGAGAACUGGAAAGAGUUGUAGAUUAAGGUGGCUGAACUACUUGAAGCCUGAUGUGAAGAGAGGGAACCUCACACUUGAAGAAAAGUUGUUGAUUUUUGAACUCCAUUCUAAGUGGGGAAACAGGUGGUCAAGAAUAGCACAACAUCUGCCAGGAAGGACAGACAAUGAGAUAAAGAACUACUGGAGAACAAGAGUUCAGAAACAAGCAAAGCAUAUGAAGAUAGAUGGAAUCAGGUGUUACUGGAACAGCAGUAGCAGCAACACUAACAACAACAUUAUUAUGAAUCAAACUAUGCAUGAAAAUCCUCAGGAAUUUAUCAACCCUGCAGCGAUGCAGAUUCAAGAUGAACUGCAGAACAUGGUGUUGAGUUCUUUUAGUAACAGUGGAGAUCACCAGCAGCACUAUCACAACUCCAUUAAUGAGCUUCAAACUUUGGACCUUGCUUUCAUGGCUGAUUCGUCUAAUGGUGCUGUGGCUGAUCAGGACAUUGACGCUGGGAACCUGAUUGAAAUGGCUCACGGACAAUGGAUGACCUGUGGAUUGUUGGAGAAUUACUGCAUGAAUGGAGUGGCUUUUGAUCAAUUGAGUUGAUACUUUAGACUUGUGUGAAUUGCGAUUGCUAGUCCUUUUCUUUUCUUUUCUUUUUCUUUUCUUUUUUAUGAUGGCUUGAUUUUGUGUAAACAGAGAAAGAAUUGGAUGGCUAUUUUGAUCAAGCAUCACUAUCAAGUUCACUUGUGCUUCA